GGUCUAAGAACUCCUGUAAGCAAGGCAGCCCUCACCCAACCUGCAACAAUGAAAUUCUUCCUCAUCGCUGUCCUUGUUAGUGCUCUGGCCAUUGGCUCUGAAUCAGUAUCUCUGGUCAAGAGAGAUGCUUCUGCUGAGCUGGAGAAGAUCGCCAAGUAUUUUCAGGAUCUUGUGGACAAUCUAAAGCACGUCAAGGGCCCUGAGCUGGUCAACAAGGCCAACGCUUACUUUGAGCAGAGCAGAGCCCAGUUCCAGCCCAUGGUUGAGAAGCUCCAGGAGCAGCUGAAGCCCCUCUCCAGCAACAUUGAAGACCACAUCAAGCCUCUGGCCGCCUCCGUCCAGGCUCAGGUCGCCCCCCUGGCCAGCAUGAUCCAGACUCAUGUUGAAGAUGUCCUCAAGAUUGUGGCUGACAAGAGCAAAGCCAUCCUGCCUCCCCAGUAAAACCCACAGGAAUAACCAUUUCAUAGUUGUCGUUUUUUCCUUUCUCAUUCUCUCUCUUCGUAUGUAUGCUGGUUUGUUUGGAAUGAUAAAAAAAGGAUUAAAGUGACCACUUUUGUGCUGGCUGGUUA